GCUAAAUCCUUCCUAAUCAAAUGGAGUCUCCUAAAUUAAUGAUCUAUGUGGGCAGGUCAAAGCUUUCUAGAUGUAUGAGGUACUAAAGGCCUUCUUUAUCAAGUUGCCACAUACACAAAAUUGCUGAUCUACACCACAGGGGUAACACAGUGGUAGCACCUUCUUUGAAGUUCAUCAUCCAUUGAAUCAUUUUGCACACAUUCAGACGUAAAGACCUCGCAGUAUAGCGUAAUGUGAAAACCCACCUAAAGUCAUUUUUUUGCUGAUUUGCCAUUUUCUACAGUACAUAAACCCAUCAUACAUAAUGUACAGAACAUAUAACCUUAAAAUAUUUGAUAUUGACUGAGCAAGGUCACGUCAAUUAUGUCAAUCAAACUUUGAUGCUCCUAAUCUUUAGCACGAAUUUCACAGACACGGUCAAAUGUAUCUCACUAUUGACAAGUGAUGAUGACACCCAUCACCUCUGCCCCAGUGUUCAUACUUAUGGACUGUGAAUAUAAAUGUGCUUAACAGAAGUCCAAAAUGCAAACGCCUCACACCCUGUGCUCACUCAUAAAGGGAAAGCUCUUUUACUUGAAGACUACAGCCGUGUACGGUUGCAUACCCGUCAGCAGUUGAUGAUAUCACUUUUUGAGUAAUCUGCGCUUCCUAUAGUAAAAGAGUUGUAGUGAUGCUGUGAGGGGCUCGACUAACUCACAUAUCUUGUGUCUUUCUCAGCAUCUCCUGUCUUGUUCACAUGUUCAAGAUGCUUACCCUGCUUAGUAUCCUGCUGCUCUCAUCACAUGUCCUUCCUCUGGUCCAAUCAUUGAAAUGUGAUGAAAGAACAGAAUACCUUGAAACCUUUGAGAAUCCUGUAAGGAGUCAAUGCUGCAAGAAAUGUGCACCAGGACAGUUUAUGGAGAAAAGAUGCAUACCAGGAUCGCCAAAUACUGUGUGUGACACGUGCAACGAUGGCUACUUCACAGACGACUACAAUAUAAUGUUCCAUCGGUGCUUACAGUGCACAAAGUGCACCAAAGAACAUAUGAAGUAUGAGAAAAACUGCACGCUGACACGUGAUGCUGUGUGCACGUGCGUUGAUGGUUACAGAUGCAAUGGCAGCCGAUGUGAGACGUGUGUUGAGGUCAAACCCCCAAUUCCUGAUGCUAAUCAAGCAACCACAGACAAUGUGUGGAUCUCGGUGAGUCUGUGUUUUGCGUGUGUGUGUGUGUGCGUUCUGUUCACCUGUUUCCUUCUCAUCAGCAGACAUGCAUGGCCAUGUAAACGGAUUAUGUCCACAUCAACCGGUCACUGGUUCCCCCAAAAGAGCAACUCCGGAUCCAGUGAGUGCACAGAGGAAGAGGAAGUACCGAUGCCAGUGCAGGAGGUGUGUGGAAAGACUGAAAAACUGGAGGAAGCCUGAGAAGGACGACGGUAGAAGACCAUUGGUGCGUGUGUGGCUCGAGUAUUUAGACUAACACAAACCUGCUGCUGUCACACACUCAAGAGAAGAGUCUGUAGUCAGGCGGCCCGACUGAAGGUUCUGUGAGAAUGACUGUCUGUCUAUGGAGACCAUCCUGAGAAAUAAAGACAGCGAGAGAUACACACUUCCCCACUGCACACAAAGACACUGAAUAUACAACACACAACUCUUUGCAAAUAUUGUGUACAUUUUCUGGUUGUGCUCUUAUAUUAUAAAUGGGUAGAUGAUGCAUGAUGUGUUCAUGUUUUUAGAAUUUUGAUUAACUGUUGAAUGUAUGAAUGUUUAAGGAGAACUGUAUAGCCAGGCCUUUCUUUAAGUUUUUAAGAUACUUUUGCUGAUGAAAAUGUUAAAAUAGUUCAUGUAGUGUGUCAACAAAUAUAUAAGGUCAGAAAAGCUGCAUGCAUAACCAUUAUAUAAGAACAUGAAACACCACAGCAAAUUUCCAAAGUAUCACACUUUACUGUAUAUCAACAACCCACUUAUAAAAAAUGGUAUUGAAUUUUAUUAUUUCCUGCGAUUCAUAUUAAAGUACUCAGGGAGAAAGCAU